ACUAAACUUAUCCUUCUACCUCCAUAAAAUUCAUGCCUAACAACACAACCAUCAGAGAGAGCCAGAGUUGAAAACAACUCUGCAGCUUUCUCCAAUUUCCCUUUAGAAUUCUCAUUCUCAUGCUCUCAACAACAACAAAAAAACCAGAACCAGCCAUUUUGUGCCCCCAUUUCUUCCCAAUGCUCAAAUUCCUCAACAAGAGCCUCCUCCGCCUCUGCCACCGCCUCCGGUGGCCUGUUCGCCGCCGCUCCAGGCCCAAAGUUGUCAUCAAGCGAUUUGGGAAAACAAACUCCAAAAAAUCUCAACUUGACGCUAGACAUGAAGCUAGCAUUAAUGGGUCGGCCGCAGUUCACCCCAAUGGUCAAUUGGGUGACUUAAAAACAGAGAGGCCUGUAAGGAUAGCGACUUUUAAUGCUGCCCUGUUCUCAAUGGCACCUGCGGUUCCAAAAAGUGAGAAAAUUGAGAGCUUUGAUGAUGAAAAUGGAGAUAGUAUGAAGGUUAGGCACAUUAACGUUCGAGCAAAGUCUGUAAAUGAUCGGCCAAAGAGUAUUUUAAAGCAAUCUCCUUUACAUCCCAAUUCAAUGAACAACACAGAGAAUCUCUCUAAGCAACAGAAGUUUGUGAAAUCCAAGUUACGGGUUUCGAUCAAUUUGCCUGACAAUGAGAUUUCUUUACUGAGAAAUAGACAAUUGAACUUUUCUGAAGGAGGAGGAAAGGAAGACUCUUCUUGUCCAAGUAGUACUGGUAAGACUAGACUUCUGAGAGGAAAGGCUCCUCUGAGAUCAUCAAGUGUGAGCUUUUGUGCAAAUAUUGGGAAUGGCACAGCAGAUGGAGGAGAGUUUUAUAGAAGCCAUAGGACAGUGCUUGACGUGCUGAGAGAGUUGGAUGCUGAUAUAUUGGCUUUGCAAGAUGUGAAGGCAGAGGAAGAGAAGGCCAUGAAGCCUCUGUCUGAUUUGGCUGCUGCUUUGGGCAUGAAUUAUGUUUUUGCUGAAAGUUGGGCACCUGAGUACGGCAACGCCAUCUUAUCAAAAUGGCCGAUUAAGCGGUCGAAGGUUCAGAAAAUCUUUGAUGACACUGAUUUCAGGAAUGUCCUAAAGGCCACCAUAGAUGUUCCUGAAGCAGGAGAAGUCAACUUCCACUGCACCCACCUUGACCAUCUUGAUGAGAACUGGAGGAUGAGGCAGAUCAAUGCUAUAAUCCAAUCUAGCAAUGAACCCCACAUCUUGGCUGGAGGUCUCAAUUCUUUGGAUGAAUCAGACUACUCUCAAGAAAGAUGGACUGAUAUUGUAAAGUAUUAUGAGGAGAUGGGAAAGCCAAGGCCUAAGGUUGAAGUAAUGAGAUACUUGAAGAGUAAACAGUAUACAGAUGCUAAGGACUUUGAAGGAGAAUAUGAAUCAGUGGUUAUGAUUGCCAAGGGCCAAAGUGUGCAGGGGACCUGCAAGUAUGGAACCAGGGUGGAUUACAUAUUGGCAUCUUCUAAUUCACCCUACAAGUUUGUUCCAGGGUCAUACUCAGUGUUUUCUUCCAAAGGGACAUCAGAUCAUCAUAUAGUAAGGGUUGAUGUGAUAAAAGUGGAUAAUGGUGUUGGAGAAGAUCACAUCAGAAGGCGGCAAAUGAAGCAAAAGGUUACAAAGAUAACAAACACUACUUCUCCAUCAAAAGGGAUAUGGAAACUUCCACAGAUAUGAUCAGAAAUAAUAUAUAGGUUAAUUGACUUGUGUUUUUACAGUUUAGAUUUAGUGUUGGUUUUGUUAAAGGAUGGGAAGAUUGAUUUACUGUCUACUUGGGUUAUUAGGAACAGAACAACAGAUGAAAUAACAAAAAGAUGAAAUUUGGUGGGUGUGGUUAGCAUUUUGUCUUUUCUUCAAAUUGUACAGCAGAUUGAAAAGUUAAUA